CUCUCUCUCUCUCUCUCUCUCUCUCUCUCCACUCUGCUUCUCUCCUCGAACACAGACAAGCCUCAUAGCAUUCACUCCCCCUUUGAUCAAUGGCAACACUUGCACCAGGAAUUUUGCUAAAGCUCCUUGAAAACAUGAAUAGUGGGACAAAACCCACGAGCGAGCACCGAUCCUCUCUCUUACAGGUGACCGACAUUGUCCCUGCUGAUUUAGAGGACAAUGAAUUGUGGCCAAAGCAUGGGUUCUACGUAAAAGUCUCAGACUCUUCUCACUCGAUAUAUGUAAGCCUACCAGACCAUCAGGAUGACUUGGUUUUGAGCAACAAAUUGCAGCUUGGGCAAUUUAUCUACGUCGAUAGAUUGGACCCUGGAUCGCCGGUUCCCCUUCUGAGAGGAGUGAAAACGAUUCCUGGAAGGCACCCAUUGGUUGGAACACCUGAACAAAUAACGGGUCUUAGAGAGAAAAGCGAGAGGAUCAAUAUUUCUAGUGAUCAGAAAGUAAGGUUUUCAGUUCAUAGGAGAGGUUCAUGGGAUCAAAUUGAAGUUCCAGAGCUGAGGACCCCUGUUAAAGAUGGGUUAUUGAGGGGUAGUUCGGUUUCACCUCUGGUUAAGGGGAGUAGUGGGGUGAGGUCUUCCGUGAAUGGGGUUAUCUGGAAGGGUAUGGAUUCAAGAGAGAGAGAGUCUCCAGGUAUGGUGAGAAGGAGUUGUGCUGUUGCUCCUGCUUCUGCGUCGAAGAUUCCAAGGAGCAAGAGCGUUUGCAUUAGGGAUCGGCAGAUACCGAAGAGUCCCUUCAGCAUUGCUGAGAAGAAGAGUGCAACACCUCCGCCAAGAUUGAGAAACAUGAGAGCCUCUUUCAAUUUGGAUGGAGAAAAAGAGAACCCAAAGACUGCAGCUUUACAACAACCACAGUCCCAGUUUGUUAACGUACUAGCCAGCAAGACUACCGACAGUUCACCAAUUGCCUUACCAGGAAAACUCUCCCUACUUGGCAAGGAGGUAAUGCAACAGAGGGAAACAGCUCAGAGAAUCGCUCUUCAAGCGCUGAGAGAUGCAUCUGCAACCGAAACUAUAGCCCGCCUUCUCAAGACAUUUUCAGACUUGUGCUUGGGAGCUAGAUCAGAUGCACCGGCUGCCUGCUUCGAUCAGUUUCUGUCUCUACAUCCCCAAAUGAUACAAGCAGUGGCCGACAUGGAAGCAAUUCUAGCAGCAACCACUACCGCUAAUUCUGGCCACCCAAUUCAAAGCUUGGGCACUUGCGAUGAGAGAGAAAAAUUUAAAAGAAAUGCAGGGGACUUGGAUUCAUCAGUUCUAUUAGAACUCCAAUACAAUGCCAUUGAUCAAAGCAUACACAAGAGCCUAUGUAAGAAGAGGCCCUUGCUAUCUCAAUCAGUUUCAGUCACACCUGAAAGAAACAACCCAAAAUCUACUAGUGCUAAUACUAGCAUUACUACUCGAGCUCGAGUGACAAGAUCGAGCUCCAAUCAGAAGGCUUUACCGAUGGAGAAAAAACCAGCAGAAGCCAUUAAUUCUAUAAGUGAUGAAAUGAAGAAAAAGUCUAAUACUUGUACUAAUACUAGCAGUACUACUAGUUUUAGCCAUCUGAUUAAACUGGGAAAGCAGAUAGAUACAGAGGCAGGGAACUGGUUUAUGGAAUUUUUGGAGGAGGCUUUAGAGAGAGGUAUUAAGAAGAGUAGGGGAUCGAACCAGGGUGAUUUGAAGAAGGCGGUGUGGCCUCAAUCUCUCAUACUUAAAGUCAUAAACUGGGUGGAGAUGGAACUGUGUGAUAACAGUAAGAGGCCAGUUCAUCCUAGAGCUGCUCAAAUAGCAAGAAAGUUGAGGAUUAGGGUGAAAAACCCAUGCUAAUGUUGUGAAGCAAUGGCUUGAUUUGAUUGAGGGGUUGCUCAAUUUGUGUCAGAAUUGUAAACCUAGACUUCAUGUCGUUAUUACAUAUUCAUUGAUCUCUUAUUGACUUGUAAGAUUUGCAGGCUAUGUGAGGUUUGUACUUUGUAUUAGAGGUGUAGCUGAGAGACUUGUAUUUUAGAAGUUCUAAGUCCUGAUUUAAGUGUUCUUCCAAUGUGAUGAAACAAGUCAAAAGAUAUAUGAAGAAACCCAUAAUGUUACUUUGU